GAGGGGCGGGUGGACCCGGAGGCCCGACGACCCGCGGGGCGGGCUCAGGGCACCGCGAGAUGAGCGGACACAGCCCCCCGCGCGGGGCCAUGCAGGUGGCCAUGACCGGUAGGGCCCGCAAAGAGGCGGUGCAGGCCGCGGCCCGGGAACUCCUCAAGUUCGUGAACCGGAGUCCCUCUCCUUUCCACGCUGUGGCCGAGUGCCGCAACCGCCUCCUCCAGGCUGGCUUCCAUGAACUCAAGGAGACGGAGAGCUGGGAUAUCAAGCCCCAGAGCAAGUACUUCAUGACCAGGAACUCCUCCACCAUCAUUGCUUUUGCUGUGGGGGGCCAGUAUGUUCCUGGCAAUGGCUUCAGCCUCAUUGGGGCCCACACGGACAGCCCCUGCCUCCGGGUGAAACGUCGGUCUCGCCGCAGCCAGGUGGGCUUCCAGCAGGUUGGUGUGGAGACCUAUGGUGGUGGGAUCUGGAGCACUUGGUUUGACCGAGACCUGACCUUGGCUGGACGAGUCAUUGUCAAGUGCCCUACCUCAGGUCGGCUGGAGCAGCGGCUGGUGAACGUGGAGCGGCCCAUUCUGCGCAUCCCGCACCUGGCCAUCCAUCUGCAGCGAAGUAUCAACGAGAACUUUGGGCCCAACACGGAGAUGCACCUAGUCCCCAUUCUUGCCACAGCAGCCCAGGAGGAGCUGGAGAAGGGCACUCCCGAGCCAGGGCCUCUCAAUGCUGCAGAGGAGCGGCACCACUCAGUCCUCAUGUCCCUGCUCUCUGCUCAUCUGGGGCUGAGCCCUGAGGACAUAGUGGAGAUGGAGCUGUGCCUUGCAGACACCCAGCCUGCGGUCCUGGGUGGUGCCUACGAUGAGUUCAUCUUUGCUCCUCGGCUGGACAAUCUGCACAGCUGCUUCUGUGCCCUGCAGGCCUUGAUUGAUUCCUGCGCAGCCCCUGCCUCCCUGGCCACGGAGCCUCAUGUGCGCAUGAUCACCCUCUAUGACAAUGAAGAGGUGGGCUCUGAGAGCGCCCAGGGCGCACAGUCGUUGCUGACGGAGCUGGUGCUGCGACGGAUCUCAGCCUCCUCCCAGCACCUGACAGCCUUCGAGGAGGCCAUCCCCAAGUCAUUCAUGAUCAGUGCGGACAUGGCCCAUGCCGUGCACCCCAACUACCUGGACAAGCACGAGGAGAACCACCGGCCCUUAUUCCACAAGGGCCCCGUGAUCAAGGUGAACAGCAAGCAACGCUAUGCUUCGAAUGCAGUUUCAGAAGCCCUGAUCCGAGAGGUGGCCAACAAUGUUGGGGUGCCCCUGCAGGAUCUCAUGGUCCGGAACGACUCCCCCUGUGGUAGCACCAUUGGACCUAUCUUGGCAUCUCGGCUGGGGCUGCGGGUGCUGGACUUAGGCAGCCCCCAGCUGGCCAUGCACUCUAUCCGGGAGACAGCCUGCACCACGGGAGUCCUGCAGACCCUCACCCUCUUCAAGGGCUUCUUUGAGCUGUUCCCUUCUCUGAGUCGCAACCUCUUAGUGGAUUGAGGCCUCUUGGAAAGACUUCUCUUCCACCCUGUGCACGUGAGAGGGGAAGUUCUCAGCUGAGCAGAAGCUGGCUUAUUAAAGUGGAUUUUUCACUCAAA